AUGAGAUCAUUAAUUUCUCGUCUUCCGGAGUCUCUUGUAACUCGUCUUCCCGAAGUUAUUCCAAUUCCAAUCUCCGAAAAAGAAAGUCGUGAGAUAUUAUUGAUUGAUGAUAAAGGAACCGAAUUAUUAGAGUGGACUCAGCAAAAAGAUAGAUUAAGGGAUUUAAUGUUAGAAGGAGUGAAUAUACAAUGGGGAAAGAAAUGUAUUGGAUACGAUGAAGUUAACGAUGAAGUUUGGGCAAUCUUUGAAGACGAAACGAGAGAAAGGGGGGAUAUAUUGAUCGGAUGCGAUGGAAUUCAUUCUCCAAUCUCUCAAGAUGGUGACGCAUUAACUUUAGUUUUGCGCUUAAUACCAAUAGAAACUGAUAUAACAGCAAACACACCAGAUGAUCAGAUUCAUUAUCCAGCAAUGAUUCACUACUCCUAUUAUACGCACUGGGACACGAAAAAUCAAAACGUUCAUGUAAAUGAUGAUGAUCCUCAAUCAGUUAUUGAUCAUUCACCAAAAGAAUCCGAGAUUUCAUUUUUCGGAUCUUAUAAUCCACCAAGGAGAAGGCCGAUUCAAGAUAUUAAUCCGAGUUCUAUUGAACCUUGGGUAUCUUCAAGAGUCACUUUACUGGGUGAUUCCAUCCAUGCCAUGAAUCCUGUCGGGGGUUUAGAUGCUGAUUUACUUGUGAAAUGUCUUUCAAAUUAUGAAAAAGAUGGAGUUAGGCAAUGUAUACAAAAUUAUGAGAAUAUUAUGAGAAUAAGAGCAUCUAGAGAC